UCUAUGCGGAAGUCAACAAGCACCAUCAAGCUGCUUCCUGACAGUGCUGGGACUAUUCCGCGUAAACUGGCAUUUUUUGAUUGAUUGAUUGAUCGAUCGAACCAGCCAUGUCGAAGAAUACAGUGUCUGAUCGAUUCAGAAAGGUUGAUAUUGAUGAGUACGACGAAAACAAGUUCGUCGAUGAGGAGGACGGUGGAGAAAAUCAACUAGGUCCGGAUGAGGCUGAGGUGGAUUCUCUCAUCAGAUCAGGUAACCUGAUGGGGGCUUUGCAGGCAGUACUGAAGAAUCCACCCAUCAAUACAAAGAACCAGAAUGUAAAGGACCGGGCUGAAGGCCUCGUGCUUAAAGUGCUCAGCUCUUUCAAAGCUAGCGAUAUAGAAAAGGCUGUUCAGUCUCUGGAUAAGACUGGAGUCGAUCUGCUCAUGAAGUACAUCUACAAGGGCUUUGAAAAACCCUCUGACAACAGUAGUGCAAUCCUUCUUCAGUGGCAUGAAAAGGCUCUCUCAGCAGGUGGAGUGGGCUCUAUCGUCAGAGUGCUCACGGCCAGGAAGACCGUGUAAUGUUCAGCACCCCAGCGCCGUGGCAGGGUUGGCGUAUGGACUGGCUAACACAAGCCCUCGUGGUCUGGUUUCUGCCAAACUGUGGAGGAUGUCCAGUCACUCACCUCUGACCUUUUUUUAAAACAAAACAAAAAAACGAUCAAACAUUACAGUCCCAUUUGGAUUUGUUGCAGUGAAGAUAAGCACCUUGGAUCUGUGUUAACAGAAGGGUGAUGAGAAAAUGUUAUUGUUGACCUCAGUAGAUCUUAAGCACAGACAUUUUAGCUAUCAUCAAAGGAAACGUCUCUUUACUCGUCUUCUUCACAUUCUCAUACCUGUCCCGAUGUAAAGUCUCAACAGAGAAGAACAAACAGUACAUGUAAGCACAUGACUAAAUCAUUACCCAGUCAUGUUAUUGCAAUCACGCAUGAUGGCACUCUGGAGUGAGUUGUUUUUUGUUUCACUUAAAGGAAAUGUUGACCCAGAAAUAAAAAUUCUGUCACCACUCUGAUAUCACUCCAAACCUGUUCUUUCUGUCUUCUGUAGAACACAAAAAAAUGAUUUUUGAGUCCAAACAACAUUCCAAAGAUGUUUUCUUUUGUGUUCCACAGAAGAGAGAAACACAUACAGGUUUUAGCCGAAUGAGGGUGAAUAAUUAACAGCAUUUUUAUAGUUGGGUUAAGAAGUUUGUCAAGCUUUAGUUUGUAGAGGAUGUUCUCUUUACAGUCUCUUCCUCAUCAGAGCUGGUCUAUGGAACAUGCCAACAUCAGUAUUUGCUUUUUCCCUACUUGCAUGCACCGCAUAAUGUAUUAGUUCUAGAGUCGGUUGUUGAAUCUAGCCUUAUUUGAAUGCAGGUGCUUUCAAGAGGGAGAUUUCCAGCUCAUUUUGUAUGUGAUCAGAGUGCUUAUUUUUCUCCACAAUCCCUUCAGGAUUUCAUUUAUGUUUCCAUCAUAUCACAACGGGAUCACAUUUUGAGAAACAGAAAAAAGGGAAUAACUUUUCUUAAGUUGCCAAAAAGGUUUUGAUUGUCAUGAUUGUCGAUUAUUAGUAGUGCGUUUUUGUACUCUUUACAGAAACAAUGAAUUAAAUUUUUUUAUAACGCUGAGUAUUAUUCAAAUUGUCUAAGCUUAUGUAUAUUUUGAUCAUAUCAUUUUGUUGAACUGUUAUCAAUCUAGAAAAUCAUUAGCAUAAUUUCUCAAGUUUGAACUCAAGACUUAGUCAGGUGCUGAUGAUAUAGCUAACCUCUGAGACACACAAGUGUUUGUGUACGCUCACAAUUUCCACCAAACACAGCAGCAAGCACUCAAGAUGCAAUGGAGAAUUUUGCUUCCACUGUGGUCUAUCUUUUCCAUACUUCAAGCCAUACAUUAACAACUUGAGGAAGUCUCCACUUGUUCAUUUGCGGCUCGAAGUGAAUGUUGAGUUUGCAUCACGCCACUCAAUCAUUUGAUUACGUGCGAAAAUUAUGAACUAGUUUACCAACUGCCUUAUUAAAAAUGUUCCUUUUAUAUUGUAUGGUCCUUUUGAAAAAUAAAUUAAAUGAAUACAGUC